UUAAGUCUAUAAAUUUAAUUAAAGUCUCAAUUAAACAACAAGCAGUCUAUCAGAGAAAAUGGCAAAAAGUCACUUGGUGAUCGUGAUGAUCGUGGCCAUUGUCUUAGUGGCCAUUCAGGUCAAUGAUGCGGAACCGGGAAGGUAUAUAUGGGAGGAGUUGGAGGACAGUUGGAAUGACCUGAAACGUGAUGCUAAAAAGGCAUUUAAGGACAUUUUCCACCGAGGUGAUUGCGCAUACAUCAAGGCUGACCUGGACAAUUAUAAUCGGUGUGCCAACCAGCACUACCCUGAUCAUCACAAAAAGUUACCCUUAUAUCGGCAACACUAUCGCAAAAACUCGAACACUGGCCAUAAACUAUGUUUCCAAGAGUUUCGCAAUGGGAUGACCAAGUUUACUGAUGGAUACGAUAAGUUUGACUCGUGCUUUCGCCAACACGUUCACCGUGAUCGUAUUGAAAAGUGUGCUCGUUACGUUUACGAAUGA